AUGUUGCAGGCUAGAUUCUUCUUUUUUUUUUUUGAAGCCCUUUUAAUUCCCGUAUCUCCAGAGGCUGAAAUCACAGAGGAAAAGACCAAAAUGAGGACACCAAACUCGUUAGAGGAGUAUAUGAAGAAGAAAUAUGCUACGAGAACCAUGUCAGAGAAGAGAAGUUUGGAUAUAGAUCAACAUGAAACAGAUGAUCCUAAUAGUAAGAAGAAAAGAUUGAACCAAGAGAACAAAUCAUCAGCCAGCAGGAAAAUACAAAGUGGUGAGACAGAAGUGUUGGAUGCUAAUGAUACCACGAUCCAAGAAAAUACUGUAGCAAGAAAGCCAAUUGGUGGUCUACGGAGUCACGAAGAGUUGGUCAAGGAGCAGGAACUAAAGGAAAAGAAAACAAAAGAUGAAUUAGAUCUGCUCAAAAGGCAGGAGGUUCAAAGACAAGCAAUUGAACGAGAUCCUAAGAGCCAUAAAUUGACAGAGUAUGAAAUAAAAGAUCUUGAUAAGGCUAAACAAAAAAAGUUAAUUGAGGACGAAAUCAAACAUCGAAAUAGAAAUGAAGCGGGAAUAUUAGAAGAACGAAAACUGCAGGAAAAAAUAAACGAAAUGAAAAGUGUAGGAUUAAACAACUACGAGAAUGAUGAAAAGUUAUUAAGCAAACAAAAAGAAGAUAUCAAAUCUGAAGAUCCAGCUUUGUUAUUUAACAAAAAUGUUAUCCAGAAACAUAAGAAGAAAUUGGAAUCUAAAUAUGUGAGCAUUUCAGGUCGAAAACUAUAUAAAGAUGAAAGUCGAUAUCCUCCAAAUCGAUUUAAUAUUAAACCAGGAUGGAGAUGGGACGGAAUAAUCAGGGGAAAUGGUUUUGAACAGAAAUGGUUUGAUAGACAUACAACAAAGUGA